UGAACUGCACCUUAACAUGUGUUACACAGCGUCGAGUGCAUUAUGUCAGUUCGUUGAAAUCUAUUUUUCCAUUGUUAAGUGAAAAUAUUAUUAAAGAUGGAUAUCCAUAUAAUGCCAAAUAAAAGCGAAGCGGAUAUGACUCCAGAAGAAAAAUGGAGAGCGGAUCAUAUAAAGCUGCACAAGCAGCAUCAAGGUCAUGAAUCGAUGCAUGCAGAAAUGGUACUAAUAUUACUAGGAACAUUAAUGAUAACACAAUUUACUUUAAUUGAAUGGAAAAAGAGACAUUUUAAAUCAUAUCAGUUAAUAACGUUGAUAGUUAUGUGGCUAGUCCCGUUUGGUUUAAGUCUUAUUAAUCGCUGGUGGAGAUUUAUUUUUCUCUGGUUAGUAUCAUCAUGUAUAACAGGACUCGUAGUAAGAAAAGCAAUUCAGAAACCGAUACAAGGUACAACUCCUAGAUUAGUGUAUAAAUGGUUUUACUUCGUUUAUAAGCUUAGUUACGUUUUGGGUUUAAUUGGAUAUGUUAUAAUGUUAGCAACAUUUUUUGGUUUAAAUAUUGUAUUUGAUGCGAAGCCAGCAGUUUGGAUUGAUUAUGGAGUACUUUUCUUAUUUUAUGGCCUUUAUUUUGGGGUUUUAGGAAGAGAUGUUGCUGAAAUAUGUGCCGAUAAAAUGGCUUCACACGUUGGGUAUUAUACUCCAGGCAGUAUGCCAACAAGGACUUUGGAGCCAGGAGUAUGCGCAGUAUGUGGGAACAGAUUAUUAGUUUCUGAACACGAAGAAGGUGUUAUUGAAAACACGUACAAACUCAGCUGUGAACAUGUCUUUCAUGAGUUUUGUAUUAGAGGUUGGUGCAUUGUAGGGAAAAAGCAGACAUGUCCUUACUGCAAGGAAAAAGUAGAUCUGAAAAAAAUGUUCCGCAAUCCAUGGGAACGACCACAUGUAUUGUAUGGUCAAUUAUUGGAUUCGAUAAGGUGGUUGGUUGGAUGGCAACCACUAAUUCUGUUCCUAGUGCAAGGUAUCAAUUGGGCUUUGGGCCUCGAGUAAGUAAAGUCAUAAUUGAGUCGAAUUGGUUAUACUCCAAAAAGGAGUACUACAAUAAAAGAAAAUCAUUAUUUGAGGAUUUAGAGAAUAGUCAUACUCAACCUGUGGCCUGCCAAGAUUUAAUGUGCAGCUCAAGACGCACAGUCAAGAAUUUAAAUUUAUUUACGUAAAAGUAAAUAAUCCUGGAAUAGUGGCAACAAUUCAUUGACGAUUAAAUAGACACAGACGACAAUUAUAUAGUUGCCUGCACUUUCCAGGCAAUUCGCUCUGCCAGAACAAAUGUGGUAGUACUAUUUUAUAACAUAACAACCUGUGGCACGUAUGAAUGAAGAAUUCAGAUUUUUAGGCGUUUUUCUUUUUUUUUUUUUUUUUUUCAAUAAGGUCUUGUUUUACAUGACACCAAUGUUGUGGUCCACUUAAUGUAGUGAACAAAUUAUAUGUGGUUCAAGAAAACAAGUGGUUGAGUAUGGCUGAUUUAGAAUAUGAACGUGCUUUUAUAUUUGUGUAUGCAGUUAUUUAUUAUUAUAUUUGUUAUUGGAACAUCUACAUUUUGCUAAGGAUAUACGAAUGUCCUGUUUAAACGAUCACCACACACAUUGGUGACAUUAUAGUAUUAAACUUAUUCGUAUAUUUACAUAUAUACAUUUUCGUAUAUGUAUAUUGUAUAUAUACCUUUGACUAUGUAUUAUAUAUACAUAUAUCUGUACGUACAUUGCGUUAAAUGUCAACGCCUGUAUUCAGGAAUGGAGAAAGAACUCUGAGGUGCUUUGUUAUAAAUAUCUUAUUCUUUUUAGCACUUUAAAAAAAAGAAAAAUAUAAUUAAACUAGUAUACCAAAUUUAGACGCUAAUGAAAAAUUAAAAAAUAAUAU